GAGAGAGAGAGAGAGAGCUUGAAGGAGAAAACAAGAGAAACGAGAAACUCUCCUUCUUCUUCUCUGACAAAAUGAGAACAGACUCCGGCAAAACUCUCAAGUUCCAGUACUCAUGGCCAAAAACAAAAACAGUGAUGAGGAAAUGGCUGAACAUCAGAACAAAGCCAGACGAAUUCCACUCAGACUACAUCACCACCACCACCACCACCACCAAGGGUAGUAGCAUGGUUGUACAACAAGCUCGGAGAAAGAGCUGCUCCGAUAAAGAAGACUCCAUUUCCCAUCUCCAUGCAAAUGGAUGGUUAGUGGAGACAUGUGAGAACCUUAAACCGCCGCUUUAUGGACCCAAUCCGCCAACUCUUUCAUCAUCAUCGUCAUCAUCAUCUCUCUCUAAUGAAAACCUCAGAAUGUUUGUGGGCACAUGGAAUGUAGCGGGCCGAGCCCCGAAUGCGGGUCUCGAUCUUCGGGAUUGGUUCAUGAGCUCAUCUUCUCCUCCUCCUGAUAUUUAUAUUCUCGGGUUUCAGGAGAUUGUGCCAUUGAACGCAGGGAAUGUACUCGGGGCGGAAAACAAAGGGCCCGCUUCCACGUGGCUGUCUUUGAUACGUCAGGCUCUCAAUAACCCGAAAAAAGAACCUGUCUUUUCUCCUAAUUACGGUACUGCCACUGAGCAGCCGAGGACUAGCUUCUCCGACUUGCUAUCCUUGGACGACGACUUGGAAUGGUACGGUGAUGAAAGAAAUAUCGAGCCGUGCACGAAUCUUAACGACGCCAGCAGUGAAGAAGGGUCGUCCGAUUGGUGCCAGACCGGAUCCCCAUGCACAGGACGCGAGACUGGGUACUACUUGGCAGCGAGCAAGCAAAUGGUUGGAAUCUUUUUGUGCGUGUGGGUUAGGUCCGGUAUGAUGCCACACGUGCGAGACCUCAAAGUCUCAUGCGUGGGACGUGGCAUUAUGGGCUACAUGGGUAACAAGGGAUCGAUAUCGAUCAGCAUGACAAUACGAUCCACGGCAUUUUGUUUCGUUUGCACGCAUUUGGCAUCGGGUGAGAAAGACGGAGAUGAAGUCCGGCGAAACUCUGAUGUGUCGGAGAUUUUAAAGAGGACUAGAUUUAAACCGUCUCGGAGAUUUUCAAAGUCCAGCAUGGUAUCACCUGAGACAAUAUCAGAGCAUGAUAAGGUGAUAUGGCUUGGUGAUUUGAACUAUAGAUUAACAACAAGUUGCAGUGAUACUCAUGAGCUACUGAAGAGGAAUGACUGGCAAGCGUUGUUAGAAAAAGAUCAGCUAAGGAGAGAGCAAGAUGCUGGGCGUGUGUUUAAUGGGUGGGAAGAAGGAAAGAUAUACUUCCCUCCAACUUAUAAGUACAGAGCUAACUCUGAUACUUACGUGGUUUCCACUGCUAAAUCUGGAGAGAAGCGACGUAACCCUGCAUGGUGUGACAGAAUACUAUGGAGAGGGGACGGGAUGAAACAGAUGUGGUAUGUGAGAGGGGAAUCGCGUUUCUCAGACCACCGUCCCGUUUCAUCGUUGUUCUCCGUUAAACUUGACGGUGGUGACCACGUGGCAGUCGGAGAGGGGGUGAAGGACGGCACGAUCUCGUACAACCACUUAAAUACCACAAAUGCAAGUGGAGCAUCCUGUGGGAAAAUCCAGGCGGAGGAGCAGUUACUUAAGUUCACCGCGAGAAGUCAGAGCUGCUUGGAAGCCCCUAGAUUCUGAUUAUCUAAAUACAUUGUUUAUUUAUCAAAAUAAAAAAAAUUUGUUUAAUAGAGGAAGAGCUGAAGGACGAGAAAGGAAAAAAUAGAAAAGGGAGGGGCUAAUAGGUAAAAUACCAAGGGAAAAUUAGGCCCACACGCGUGCGCAAAGGCUAUGAGCACGUGUAAUGGAGAUGACUUGGGAGAAGUCCAGCCUAAUUAUUCUGGUUGGUCACCAAGCAAACAUUGGGAGAGCCCUUCUCAAUGAGGUUUUGUUUUCUAUUUACCUUUUUUUUUUCUUUUCUUUUUUUUAUAACCCAAAAGAUGUGUCUUGGACUCUCAUUCAAAAAGUGGGUUAAUGAUUCACUUCGGGUCAAGUUUAACCUCAUUUGAUUGUGAA